AUGCCACUGGCUGGGGGUUGCCUGAAUCUAGCCAACCUAACAAUCUGGAACAAAGCUGCUACUGCAAAGAUGUGUUGGGACCUGGAGCAUAAACAAGAUAAACUGUGGAUAAAAUGGAUCCAUUCAUACUAUAUUAAAGGGCAAGAUUUCAACACCUAUCCAGUACCCCAACAAGCUUGUUGGAUGACUCGGAAGAUAAUGAGUUCUAGAGUCGUAACUACACAGUUACACUCUGACCAUACCAGCUCCAAAAGCUUAAUUAGACAAGGGUACUUGCAGCUGCUUGGCGACUAUCCUAGAAUGGAGUGGAAAAGGCUGAUGUUCAAGAAUGAUGCAAGGCCUAAGGAUAAGUUCAUGAUGUGGCUGCAUAUGCAUGGUGUUAUGAGGAUAAAUGAUAGGUUGAUUCGGUGGGGAAUGGAAGUUAAUCCUGAAUGUGCAUUCUGCCAACUACAAAAUGAAUCGAGGGAACAUCUGUUUAUGUUGUGCUACUAUACCAAGGCACUAUGGAAUAGAGUUAUGCAAUGGUCAGCCAGGACUUACACAGCUACUUAUAGCUGGGGGCAAUAUGUUCAAUGGGCUGUCCAAAACAGCAAAGAAAAAUCUCAAGAUGCUACAAUCUUCAAGCUGGUAUUUGCGGAAGUAGUUAAUGCUAUAUGGCUUGAAAGAAAUGCAAGAGUAUUCGAGAAGAGAAGGAGGCAUUGGGAGGCCUUAGCAAGAGAAGUUGCCUUUGUUUCAUGUGUCAGAGCCUCAGUGGGGAGCAGAACAAAACUGCAGCAGCUACAUUUCUAA